UUCAUGUUUUUGUGCCAACUUCACAUCGAUGUGCUCUCAAAACAAAUACGCAUAUCGUGUAUCGUAUGCUGUACACAAAUUCGUGCGCCUAGUUCAUCCAUCUUCUUUAAUGUGCUCUAUUUGCAUCUAAUAAACCACUGUUUCCUACUGGGAUCCUUGAGGAUUUGUCCAGGACUAUAUUUAGCUUGUAUUUAGACCCCCUAGUCCCGUCCGGAGCCGGUUGUGAUCGCAACAAUGGAAGUAGAACGCGUUGCAUCGGACUCUGAAAACGUGGCGGCGGACGAAAAACAAGUCGACGUAGGAGCCGGGGACUCGGCUGCCUCGCAACCGGAGAAGUUACGUCGCAAGGGCAAGAAAUACGCGCGUAGUAACAGCAAGGAAGCUGCUGCGCCCGUUACUGCUCCGUUGCCGAAAUAUCGCAGCUGGAAGAACAGCCGUCGACCGCGGAACGGACAUGGCAGAGGGCUCCCCAAGAAAGGCGGCGCCGGUGGUAAAGGAGUGUGGGGUGUACCAGGGUCGGAGCUCCUCGAGGAGUAUGUGGAAGACGCCAAUGACCCCAACUACGACUCGGAAGCGGUUACCAACGGCGACGUGGAGUUCAAACAGGUCAUCGUGGAGGCCGACCCGGAGGAGAUCGUGCGUAAGUCAGAACCUGUGAUCCUGGAGUACUUCGAGCAUGGCGACACCAACGCCGCGGCGGAAGACUUCCUAGAGUUCCUAACGUCAAUGAGGAGUCAUGUGAUUUGUGAAACGAUAGUAGAAAUAGCGUUGGACCACAAGCCUUCUCACUGUGAAAUGGCGUCCGUUCUCAUAUCGGAUCUGUACGGAAGAGUGUUCUCCGCUAAAGACAUUGGCUAUGCGUUCGAGAGGUUACUGGAGAAGCUUCCGGACUUAGUUUUGGACACGCCCGAUGCGGCCGUCCUCUUGUCCAACUUCAUCGCGCGCUGUGUGGCGGACGAUUGUUUGCCGCCCAAGUUUGUUCAGAUUCAAGUGGACCGGGGACAGGAGCUCAACACGCAUGCCAGACAAGCCAUACACAGGGCGGAGACGUUACUGUCUAUGAAACAAGGACUAGUGAGACUGGACAACAUAUGGGGAGUUGGCGGCGGGGUCCGGCCAGUAAAAUCCCUCAUCAGACAAAUCCAGCUGCUACUCAAAGAGUACCUGACUUCCGGAGACCUGGCCGAAGCCAUGCGCUGCGUCAGGGAGCUGGAGGUGCCACAUUUCCACCACGAGCUGGUUUACGAGACAGUAUUAUUAGCGGUGGAAGCCAUCAACUCCAGCGUAGAGGAACAGCUGUGUACGUUCCUGGCUGAGCUUCGUAGGUGCGUCAUCGUCACACCUGAUCAGAUGGACCGGGGCUUCCUCCGAGUUCUAGAAGACAUGUCAGACAUAGUUUUGGACGUGCCGUUAGCGUAUAUAAUGUUGGAUCGCUUCGUGGAGCGAUGCCAAUCGCGCAUCCAACUGGGGGCCAAUGUGCUCGAGCGUAUGCCCACUAGGGGGCGCAAACGUUUCGUGUCCGAGGGCGACGGCGGGGCGAUCAAAGACCACGCGCUCAAACUGCGCGAAUAGACGCGUACUUGCGACAAGGCACUAUGUAUACAUGCAGUCAGGUAACGAGAACUUUGACCUUGAACUUGCGCAGUGGGUGAUUUAUCGAUCAAUUUGGUGGUAAGAAGUGACUGACGGCGGAUGUCUGUGCCGCCGCGCAAUUGGUUCUUCAAUCAUACUUCAACUUCUCGCGCUAUAAAAAGCGGCUAACCAUAAAGAGUAGUUUUGAGCUAUCGUCUAAAAACAUGGAAAUUUA